CACCCACACCCACAGUCCUGCGUCUUCCCCUGCCCUCAAUUUUUACUAUUUUCCUCUUCUUUUUCUCCUCUGUAGCAUAAUAAAGAAAACAGAGGAAAUAAGAAGAAAAUCCCAAAAACCAAAAAGCCUAGAAAAUGAAACAUAGAAGAAUCUAAAGUGCUGCUUCCCUUUCUCUGUUUGCUAUGCGAAAUGGGGUUUUGACUGAGAAAUCAUCAAAACCCAAAUCUCAGAAAUCCACGAAUUGCUAGUUUCUGCUAUUAAUGUCUGCUUCAGGCUUAGCCGCAGAGCCGAACCAGGAGGUGUUUUCAUGGCUCAAAACCCUACCAGUAGCUCCAGAGUACCACCCAACUUGGGCCGAGUUCCAAGAUCCGAUUGCCUACAUUUUCAAGAUCGAGAAGGAGGCUUCCAAGUACGGAAUCUGCAAAAUCGUGCCUCCGGUGCCGCCUUCUCCGAAGAAGACCGCAAUUGCGAACCUGAACCGGUCUCUGGCGGCUCGGGCCGGCCCUUCGGGGGUCCCAGGCACUAAAUCUCAGCCCACAUUCACUACCCGGCAGCAGCAGAUCGGGUUCUGCCCUCGGAAACCCCGACCAGUGAACCGACCCGUGUGGCAGAGCGGCGAGUACUACACUUUUCAGCAAUUCGAAGCGAAAGCCAAGAGCUUUGAAAAGACUUACUUGAGAAAAUGUAACAAAAAAGGAGGGCUUUCACCUCUGGAUAUCGAAACCCUUUACUGGAAAGCGACUGUGGACAAACCCUUUUCUGUAGAGUAUGCCAACGACAUGCCUGGUUCGGCUUUUGUGCCGUUAAGUGCCAGAAAGAGUAGUACUAGUAGAGAUGCAGGGGACAAUGUGACCCUUGGUGAGACUGCUUGGAAUAUGAGGGGGGUGUCGAGGUCAAAAGGGUCUUUGUUGAGGUUUAUGAAGGAGGAGAUUCCGGGGGUUACAUCACCUAUGGUGUAUAUAGCUAUGUUGUUCAGCUGGUUUGCUUGGCAUGUGGAGGACCAUGACUUACAUAGCUUGAAUUAUCUGCAUAUGGGAGCAGGGAAGACGUGGUAUGGCGUGCCUAGGGAAGCAGCGGUUGCUUUCGAGGAGGUGGUGAGGGUGCAGGGUUAUGCAGGAGAGAUCAAUCCUCUUGUUACUUUUUCAACCCUUGGUCAGAAGACCACUGUGAUGUCACCUGAAGUAUUUAUCAGUUCAGGAAUUCCAUGCUGCAGGCUUGUGCAAAAUGCUGGGGAGUUUGUCGUGACUUUCCCAAGAGCCUAUCACACUGGAUUCAGUCAUGGAUUUAAUUGUGGGGAGGCAGCUAACAUUGCAACUCCUGAAUGGUUGAGGGUAGCAAAAGAUGCUGCUAUUCGACGAGCUUCAAUCAAUUAUCCUCCUAUGGUGUCUCAUUUUCAAUUACUUUAUGAUCUCGCUUUAGCAUUAUGUUCAAGAAUGCCUGCGCGCAUUUGUGCUGAACCACGGAGUUCUCGACUAAAAGAUAAGAGAAAGGGUGAAGGAGAAGCAGUAGUUAAAGAGCUAUUUGUGCAGAAUGUUAUUCAGAACAAUGACCUGCUUCACGUUCUAGGAAAAGGGUCGUCAAUUGUACUUCUACCGCAGAGUUCUUCAGACCUUUCUUUUUGUUCAAAAUUACGUGUUGGUUCACAUUUAAGAGUAAACCCUGGCUUUGCCAAUGGUUUAUAUGAUCAGAGGGAAGAAAUGAAACCCUCAGGUUCAGAUUCUGAUGGUCUCAUGAUAGACAGACAGCAGGGAAUCAAGCAGGUUAAAGGUGGCUAUUCAGUGAAAGGAAAACUUGCAUCUUUAAGUGAAAGUAAUAGGCUUCCCUCAUUAAGUGGAAAUAAUGAUGCACAUGCCCUGAAUUCUAAGAGAUUGAACAUGAGCAUUGAAAGAGAAAGUAAUGUCGAAGGUGAAGGGUUGUCAGAUCAGAGACUGUUUUCUUGUGUUACAUGUGGAAUUUUGAGCUUUGCUUGUGUUGCUAUAAUUCAACCAACAGAAGCAGCAGCCAGAUAUCUAAUGUCAGCAGAUCGUAGCUUUUUCAGUGAUUGGGUUGGAUCUGGAUUAGCUGGUGAGGUGUUCCAGGUUGCAAAUGAAGAUCCAAUCACUUCAAAGAAUGAUCCUUGCACAGGAUUGGUGGAAAACAAUGCCCCUGCUGGUUUAUAUGAUGUGCCUGUUCAAUCUGCUGAUUAUCAAAUUCAGAGAGGAGAUCAAAGUAAUAAACCCGUUUCAAAUACUGAAAUGCAGAGAGAUACUUCAGCUCUUGGGCUAUUAGCUUUGAACUAUGGAAAUUCGUCUGACUCGGAGGAAGAUCAACUUGCACCAGAUGUUCCUGUUUGUUGUGAUGAAACGAACACGACAAACUGUUCUUUUGAAAGUAGAUAUGAUUACCAGAGUGCUAGUCCUUCUCCUUUAAGAGACUCUUAUGGUGGUACAACUGAGGCUCACAGUCCCCCAUCACCAGGAUUUGAUUGUGGGAAUGAAUUUCCUCUCCGAAGCCCUGAUCACUGUGCGAGAGAUGGACGUAAAAUAGCUAAUUUCAAGGAUAGCAGCUAUCAAAAUUUUGAUUUCUCAGCUGAUUGUAAAAAUAAUUCUGCUUCCACAAAGACAAAUGGUUUGGUGGGUACAUCUAUGGAUCCAAUGAAGCUUUCACAUUCUUGCUCCCCAGAUGCUCAUCGGCCUCAAACAACAGAAUUGUCCAAGGUCACUUUACCCAUAGAAACCACAAAUACAGCGUUUCCUCCAGGAUGCGAUGAAGACUCUUCCAGAAUGCAUGUCUUCUGCCUUGAGCAUGCUAUAGAGGUCGAACAGCAGCUUCGUUCAAUUGGAGGUGUCCAUAUAUUUCUCCUUUGUCAUCCAGACUACCCGAGGAUAGAGGAUGAAGCAAAAUUAAUGGCAGAAGAACUGGGAAUAAGUUAUCUCUGGAAUGAAACGACGUUCAGGGAUGCCACUGAGGAAGAUGAGAAGAGAAUUCAGUCAGCUCUGGAUAGUGAGGAAGCCAUUGCGGGGAAUGGGGACUGGGCUGUAAAGUUAGGGAUCAAUCUCUUCUACAGUGCCAGCCUUAGCCGUUCUCAUCUUUACAGUAAGCAGAUGGCAUACAAUUCUGUUAUAUACAAUGCAUUUGGUCGUAGUUCUCCAGCUAGCUCGCCCACAAGAACUGAUGUCUAUGGGAGGAGAUCUGGCAAGCAGAAAAAGGUAGUGGCAGGGAAAUGGUGUGGUAAAGUCUGGAUGUCAAAUCAAGUUCAUCCCUAUCUAGCAAAAAGGGACCCUGAAGAAGAAGAAGAAGUUGUAGAAGAAGAACAUAGGAGCUUCCAUGCUUGGGCAAUGCCAGAUGAGAAGCUUGAGGGACAACCAGAAAGCACACGCAAAACUGAGAACACCUUGGUGACAAAAAAAUAUGCUAGGAAGAGGAAAAUGACUGCAGAGACCGGGACAACGAAGAAAGUAAAAUGUUUGGAGAAAGAAGAUGCAGUUUCAGAUUAUUCAGUAGAUGAUAACUCUCAUCAGCAGCAGAGGAGGUUUCCUAAGAGCAAGCAAGCUGAAUAUAUUGAGAGUGGUCCAACCAAGAAAGCCAAGUUUGUUCAGACUGAAUUUACUCUUUCAGAUGAUUCAAUGCAAGAUGAUUCUCAUCAGCCAGAUGGUAGAAAUUUUCGGUGUGAGCAAGCCAAUUAUAUUGAGGGAAAUGAUGUUUCAGAUGAUUCAGUGGGAGUUGAAUCUCAUCAGCAGCAUAGGAGGAGUGCUAAAAGUAAGCAAGCCAAACAUAUGGAAAGAGAUGUGGUUUCAGAUGAUUCAGUUGAGGGUAGUUCUCGUCGGCAGCAUGGGAGGGUCCUUAGAAGCAAGACAGCUAAGGGUGAAACAGAUAAUUUUCACAAGGCUAGUUCUCAUCAAGAACGAGGGAGUAUUUCUAAAAGCAAGCAGGCCAGAUUCAUUGAGAGAGAUGAUGCAGCUGUGGGUGAAACAGAUAAUUUUCUUCAGCAGCACAAGAGGAUUCUCCGAAGCAAGCAAACGCAACAAGAGACCCUUCAGAAAAUGAGACGAGAAACCCCUCGGCAAGUGAAACAAGGAACUGCUCCUCUUGUGAAACAAGGCACCCGCACUCUAAGAAAGCAACAAACUGCUCAGCAAAUGAAGCAACAGACACCUAGGCUCCGAAAUAAUCAAUCUGAGCAGAACUUUGAUUUGUAUGCUGACGAGGGGGCAGAAGGCGGACCUAGCACACGCCUUAGAAAAAGAGCUCCUAAGCCUAUUAAAGUCUCUGGAACCAAACCAAAAGAGCAGCAACAAACGGCUAGGAAAAAGGCAAAGAAUGUUUCAGCUGUGAAGGCUCAGGCUGGCCAAAAUGAUGCAAAAUUGAGGGAAGAGGAAGCAGAAUUCUCGUGUGAUAUUGAUGGGUGCACCAUGAGUCUAGGCUCGAAACAAGAGCUUGCCCUCCACAAAAGAAACAUAUGUCCAGUCAAGGGGUGUGGAAAGAAAUUCUUCUCUCACAAGUAUCUGGUGCAACAUCGUCGAGUUCACAUGGAUGACCGCCCCCUUCGGUGCCCUUGGAAGGGCUGCAAGAUGACAUUCAAGUGGGCAUGGGCUCGGACUGAGCACAUUAGGGUUCACACAGGUGCUCGUCCCUAUGUAUGUGCUGAGCCAGGGUGUGGGCAGACCUUCCGAUUUGUCUCAGAUUUCAGCCGCCAUAAGCGGAAGACUGGACAUUCAGCAAAGAAAAGUAGGGGAUGACUUGCUGAUGGAAGGAAGACAGAUGUAAUCAUGUAGCAUGACUAAUGAAUCUGUUGUUCAAUUGACAAAUUAGUGGUAGGUGAAGGAUAGGGCUAGGAUUUCCCCUGUAAUUGCAAUUCAGAGUAACAAUUCAUUCUGAUUUUCCUCGGGCCUUUAUUUGACCCAUCCAUUUACUCCAACAAGAGAGCAAUUGCUUGGAUACAUUUUUCUCUUUUAAGUGUCAAAUGCUAAUUUUAUUUUAGUUCACUCUUAAAUGCUAAUCUCAUUCAAUGCCUCUUUGCAAAUUACUGCAAAUGAUCAGCAUAUAGGACAUUGGUUGUAGGCUUCUGUUCACAAAUCCCAGGCUCAAGAGAGGUUAUAUUGCCGGAUCUAGAUAGUAGUUAUGUGCUAUGUAUUUAUAUGA